AUGGGCGCCGUCAGAGGGGCCGCCCUGGCCCUGUGCCUGUGGUCCCUGAUUGCCCCGAGCCUGGCGAUGGAUAAUACCUUCUGCUGGAAGGAGGGCGAGUGCAUACUCAAGGGCGAGGUACACGCAGUGUGCGCCCCGCUGACCAGCCAGACCGCCUGCGCCGGCUCCGACCACUGCAUGUGGCAGGAGCAGGACAGCCUGCUGGAUCUCAACGGCGACAUGUCCCCCAGCGACCUGGCCAAGGUGCUGUGGCCCGCACAGUUCAACCUGUCGCUGGCCGAGCGAGCCUGCUCGGACGCCUCCUCCAACGACACCUGUCCGACCACCUGCCACGACUACCUGGCCCAGCUGGGCAACCGCGUGGUUGGCGAGGCCGUUGCCGCCGCCUGCAACCUGUCCACCUGUGAUGCCGAGGGCGUCUGCUGGGACACUGACGCCCAAGCGAGCUUCAAGGCUAUGUUCCACACCAUUGCCACCACCUGCACCGGCCAGGACUUCCCCAGCUGCUGGCCCUCGGGCGGCCGCUGCGCCGCGGUGGACGUGUGCGAGGGGCUGGAUGAGAGCACCUGCGCCGGCGCCACGCUGGAGGAAGGCGGGUCCCUGGUGUGCAACUACACCACCAUGCUCCGCUGCUCCGAGGCGCCCUCCCGCCCCGGCACCUCCCCUCCCAAUGGCGGCUCGCCCGGCGGCGAGGGCGGCGACCCGUGCCAGUACAGCCAGGACCCGUGCUGCCGCCGCGCCGACUCCUUCACCACCUGCGUCAUCGACUCGCCCCCCGAGGACUCUUGCUACUUCUACAGCAACGGCUGCCAGACCGACUACGGGCUGUGCUCCAGACAGGCGGACAGCAACUCCUGCAACAGUCUGUCUCAGUCUGGCUGCUCCUGGGUCGACACCUCCAGCGGAGGCAUGCCCUACCCCACCAGCCCCCUGCCCCAGUCACCCGGCAACCCAGCAGGCACUCCCACCAGCCCCAGGCCGGAGUGGCCCACCAGCCCCAACGGCACCUCCGGCUCUUGGCCCACCAGCCCCGUGCCCAACCCUGACGUCCCCCAUGGCUCCGCCCACUGGGAGAUCUGGAACAUCCCCGAGCUCCCUCCCGGCUACUUCACCAAUGAUACUGACCGGUGGUGGAACCGCCCUGAGGACGGCGGCCACGGCCCCUUUGACAUGCUCACCCCGCCCAUCGCCAACACCCUGCUGGAGGCCAAGGCCUCGGGCCCCGUGUGCCAGGCGCUCACCAGCCUGCUCCAGACCAUGUCUGCUGGCUUUGAUGGGGCGUGCGAGGUGGCCGGCCUGUGCUCCGACACCUACCUGCCUGCGCUGUACCAGAUCAGCAGCCAGCUGGAGGAGUCGCUGUAUGUGCCGCUGGACCCCUGCGACAUGUGCAACGAGAUGCUCGUGGACCUGGUUCCCAUGCUGGUGAACGAGACUGGCAUCGACCUGGUGCGCCUGCUGGGCGCCGUCGGCGCCGCCGGCAUGGAGGCGUUUGGCUCCGCCUGCCCCAGGAUGGUGGACGGCCUGCUGUGGGUUGGCAAGUACUUCGACUUCCUGCCGGGCCCUGCCCACCCCGUGGCCGCAGCUGUGUGCCCCGCCUUCCAGGCGGUGGUGGCGGCCGCUCCUCAGCUGGUGACUGACCUGAAUCGAACCUGCGAGCUGCUGGGCGAGCCGCACGAUUGCCUGGACACCCUCACCUCCCUGCUGCGCCCCCAUGCCGACUUUGAACCUGCGACUGCUGCCGCCAAGAUCUGCUACGCCAAACUGCCAGAGGCCUUCCUGCCUCCCAGGGAGCCUGAGUAUCACCAAGAGUAUCCUGGCACCGAGUACCAUCCACAACAGCAGUACCCUAGUGACCAGGAGUACCACCCCGAGCAGUACCCUGAGUACCCGCAGGGAGAAUACCCGGCGGGCGGAUAUCCCGAGGGCGAAUACCCCCAGGGCGAGUACCCGGCUGGAGACUACCCCCAGGGCCAGUACCCUUCCGAGUACGCUCCGUACACGGCAGCUGGCGUGCAGUCCGGCACCUCUCCCUCGGGCUACUGCGCGAUGGUUGGGCGCCAGCCAGAGUGCACGGCUCCCGACAGCGCCAGCUGCUCCACCCUCCCCGGCUGCCGCUGGAACGCCUACUGCCAGCAGCAGCAGUGCGGCGAGCAGGACUACUGGUGCCAGCAGCGCCGGGCCUCCCUCCCCGUCUGCGCCCCGCUGGUCAAGGCGCUGCAGCCGGCCAGCGGCGAUGGCGACGCGCCCAUCCCCCUUGCUGAGGUGUGCAAGAGCAUGAGCAUGUGCACUGGCACCAGCGACAACUCGCCCGCCUGCGGCGCCUGCAAGACGGCCUUCUCCGAGACCAUCGCCAGCAUCAAGUACCAGCAGCAGCACAGCUACGGCAGCGGCAACUACGGAUAUGGAUACAACCCCCAGGACAUGGCCUUCUCCCAGUGCAGCAGCACCAUGUCCCGCCUGACUGCCAUGAAGUCGCAGUGCGACGCCUACUCCACCAUCGACGCCUCGGCCGCCGACCCGGCGCAAAUCUGCCAGGCCCACGCGUCUGCCCUCUGCCAGGCAUCCGGCAGUGACGGCUCCGGCUCCUCGGCAAGCUCACCCAACUGCGGCUUCUGCACCACCCUGCUGUCUGCCUACAAGGACCUUGCUGCUGCCGGCAUUUUCGGCGGGUCCAGCGGCCUGACGGAGCUGUGCUACACCACCAGCCAGUGGGGCGGCAGCUCCGAGGAUAACCUGCGCAUGCAGCUGCAGUGGCGCUACGGCUGCUCCCCCUCCCAGUCCUCCUGCUGCGCCGAGCUCCCCGCUGACUCCUACCUGGCGUCCGUGCUGGACAUCAGGGGCCUCACCCCGCAGUCCACCUCCGAGUGCGAGGAGCUGCCUGGCUGCACUGCCGGCGCCUACUGCUGGCCCACGUGGGGCGCCGACGCCUGCCAGUCCCUGUCCAGCCCGUCCGAGUGCCAGGCGGACAAGCAGUGCCAGUGGUUCGCCUGGAGCUCCGAUGGCCUGCAGGGCAACUGCGUGGAUGCUGCGCUGUCCGCCAAGUGCCGCCUGGCUGGCCAGCAGGACGGCAGGUCUGGCUGCCUUGGCAUCAAGGACGACCAGGGCCUGUCCCAGUGCUCCUACUUCCAGGCAAGACGACAGCUUGGCGGGGCUCUUGGGGCCUGCUACCAGGACUGGUCGAUGCGCCAGUGCGACGACAGCAACGCCUGCUGCCUGAAGCCCGUAGAGCUGUUCCAGCCAGACGCCCCCCAGGCCUGCUCCAACGAGACCAGCAGCCAGGCAGUCUGUGACUACACCACGCAGUGCCAGACCAGGUACGACCCCUGCAACGCCUACAUCUCCCAGUCCACGUGCGAGCUCAGCACCACCUGCAGCUGGAGGAGCAUGAAGCUGCAGGGCUACCCCUCCUACGGCUGGUGCUCUUCCACCCGCGACUCCUGCUGGGACUACAGCAAUGACCCGGAGGCCUGCACCAGCGCCCCCAACUGCCGCUCCGUGCCACGCUGCGACGUGUCGUACUGCCAGGAGAACGACCAGUGCUGCCUCAUCCACUCCGCCGCCGAGUGCACCGCCACACCCGGCUGCGCCACCAGCGGCUGGUGCAGCCUGACUGCCUCAGACUGCUGGCAGGCCUGGGACAGCCAGUCGUGCUCCGCCGCCCCCGGCUGCACCUGGCAGAGCUACGAGUACACGCAGGCCGACGGCACCAGCGCCAGCGGCGGCUGGUGCAGCGUGGGGGAGGACCCCUGCUCCCCGCACUACGGCUCACCCAUCGCCUGCGCCGCGGUGCGCGACCCGCGCCGCGGCACCCCCCUCUGCCACUACCAGAGCUCCUGCUACGACGCCUGCCGCAACUGCCGCGAGUGCAUGGAUGGGGUGGGCAGCUUCAUCUCAGACGUGCUGCCCAGCCUGAACGGCGACACCACCAAGUAUGCGCAGGCCAUCCGCGACUUCUGCAACCAGGCCGGUGGGGACUACUGGACUUGCUUCCAGGCCUACCAGACCGCCGUGGCCCACCCGGAGGCCGUCACCCGCCCCGCCUCCACCUGCAAGGCCAUCGGCAUCUCCCAGUGCGUGGCCACGCUGGGCCUGCUGACCUGCUCCACCGACGGCUCCGCCGAGGGCGCCAUCAGGCCGGCGGCGCCGCCUGCUGGCGUCUGCAAGACGCAGACUGGCUGCACCACGGCACAGAGCUGCGACACCAGCGAGUGCACAGUGCUGAGCCAGUGCGAUUCCCAGACUGGGUUUGACAUCAAGUCGUGCGGCGGCACCUGCGUGAGCAAGUGCGCCCUGCUGGACCCCCUGCUGGCCAAGCUGAACAAGGGCACCUGCCAGACCAACGAGGACUGCACUGUGGAGGGCGAGACCUGCACCCCGGUCGUGGGCCGCACCUGCAGGCAGUCGGUGUGCAACAUCGGCACCGGCGCCGUCACCACCGUCGGCUGCGCCGGCUUCUGUACCUCGGGCGGCGCCCCCAGCCUGGUGUCUGCCACCCUGACGGGCGACGGCCGCCAGAUCGUGCUGGCCUUUGACCAGGAUGUCACCACCGUGGCCUCCAGCUCCCCCACCGCCUACUUUGCCAACAGCACUGUGGUCAAGCUGGGCAGCUACAGCCAGGUCUACCCGCAGGCAGAGGAGCCCAAGGCGCUGGUGGUCUACCUGGGCUGGGGCGCCACCAUCGACAUCGACGACGCCCUGGCCCUGGCCGCCUCCCCCGCCAUCGCCGGCCGCCUCAACGGCAGGCUGGUCGCUGGCGGCGGCGCAGUGCUCCUGCAGGCACCCGAGGCUCCCGAGCAGCCUGUUGCCUUUGUGUCCGGCCCCAGCUCGGUUGGCGCGGGCUGCACCUUUGGCAGCGCCGCAGACGUCGUCAUCGACGCCUCCCGCACGCCCUUCUCUGCCGGCCGCCCCGUAUUGUAUACCUGGCAGUUUGUGGGCGCUGCCAGCCAGCGUGCCGCCCUGGACCAGCUUGCCACCGAGGCCAGCGAUGCCGACAGCCCGCGCCUGGUGCUGCCUGGUGCCACGGUGGUGGACCUGUCGGCAGGCACCUACACGCUGCGUGUCACCGUGGAGAACUGGCUGGGCGCCAACGCCUCCGCGGACUUUGCGUUUGAAAAGGUGGCCUCCGUGCUGCCGGUGGUGGCCGUCAUCGGCGGGUCGGAGCAGGAGUUCUCUGUGGCCAGCGGCAUCCGCGUGCAGACCGCCAUCGACCUGUCCACCGUCUGUCCAGGCCGGCGUGUGACCUACUCGUGGGAGGAGACCAGCGGCUUGCUGCCGGCGGGCUCCUUCUCGACCACCAAGGCCAACUUGGCCGUCAAGGGCCCUGUGACCGGCGUGACGGGCGGCAGCGUGCUGACCUUCGCCUUCUCCGCGACCCUGGAGGGCGCGGGCACCACCACCGCCGACCUCACCCUGACCGCCCGCCAGUCGCGCGUCAUGGCGGUGCUGGCGGGCCCACGCGGCGACGUGCUGGACACCCGGACCCUGACCUUCAGCGGCAGCGGCAGCCUGGACCCUGAUGACGCCAGCAACACCCUGGCCCCCUUCCGCUUCUCCUGGGCCUGCACCGCCACCGACCCCGCCACCCAGCUGAGCACCCCCUGCUUCACAGACCCCGCCACCGCUCCCGACAUGACCGCCAGCCAGCUGGUCAUCUCGCCCGGCCUGCUGCCUGCGGGCGACAGCCUGUACACCAUCUCGCUCACCGCCGCCAAGGGCAGCGGCCUCAGCACACGUACCGACACCGACACCACUGCGCUGCGCGUGCUGGCGGGCGCCGCACCCACCGGCAAAAUCAGCCGCUUCUGCCCCGGCUGGAGCGGGUGCACCUCCAAGCAGCACACGCCCAGCGAACCCCUGCGCCUGGUGUUUGCCCUGGACGACCCCUCCCUCCUGCCCCGCACCACCUUCUCCUGGGUCUCCUCUGACCUGUCCCUUGCCACAGCCGCCACCACCACCAAGCAGGCCCUGGUCAUCCAGCCCUUCACCGCCGCAGGCAGCCCCGUCUUUGUGGACGGCGCGGUGAAAACCAUCAACGUCACCGCCACGGCAGAUGGCAAGAAUGCCACCGCCAGCAUCACCGUCUCCAUCGCGCGCCGCCCCUCGUGCACCGCCACCUCAGGCACCUGCCUCACCGUCUCCCCCGCCUCGGGCCCCGUGGACGUCACCAGCUUUGUGGCCACCGCCGCUGGCUUUGCAGCAGACAGCGCGCUGUUCUACGACUUUGGGCUGCAGCUGCCCAGCGGCAAGGCCGACCUCUUCACCCGCUCCGCCACCGACAGCCGCUUCACCUUUGCGCCGCGCGUGCUGGCCGAGGGCACACACACCCUGUUUGUGUGCGCCAGAGACCAGACCGGCGCGCAGGCCUGCUCCACUGCCGACGUCGACGUCGAGCCCGCAGCGCAGCAGGUCACCGCCGCCGACAUCACCGCUCUGGGUGACAGCCUGGACACCGCCCUGGCCUCGGGCAGCACCGAUGCGCUGGUCAGCGUGGUGCGCCAGCUGUCGGCCGCCACCUCCGCCAGCAGCGCUUCCGGCGCCACCAGCGAGGAGGCGGUGGCUGCGGCCACGGAGCAGGCCGAGAAUGCCAUGGGCGCCAUGGAGAGCCUGCUGAGCGGCGAGGGCGCCACAGUGGAGGAGACACUGGGGGUGGCUUCGGCAGCAUCCUCCCUGGUGUCUUCUUCUGUGGAGCUGAGCCACGCGCUGGCCGACAGCGCAGUGAACGUGGCGGUGUCUGUGGUGGACGCGAUUUCGGACCCCACCUCCACCACCACCCUGCUCCAGGCAGCCGACCUGGACAGCCCCGUGAACAUUGUGGGCGCCUGCGCCGCCAUCCUGGUGUACGAGGCGCCCUCCCCCGGCGCCCGCCGCCGCCUGCUGGAUGCCGAGGACAAUGCCACGCUGGCAGAGGCGGCGCUGGAUGCCCUCACCCGUACUUUCCACGUGGCGUCGGGCGUGCAGACCGCCCUGCUGGCCUCCAUGGUGGAGGGCGAGGCGGCCUCGGUGGGCACCGGCGGCCUGGUGGUUGCCGCCGCGCUGGCCGACCUGGCGGGCCUGACGGAGGCGGUGGAGUAUGCCAUCGGCGACAGUGGUGCCGCCGUCACCCUGCUCGACGGCUUUGCCGCCCUGGCCAACUCCGAAGACUCCACCCUCCAGCUCAUGCUGGCCCACCAGGUGGACGCAUCCCUGCUGUUCGAGGUGGUCAGCACCAGCGACGCCACGGUGCCCACCCCCUCUGCUCGCCGCGCCCUGCUGACCACCGCCCCCGAGGUGUCUGGCGCCGCGUCGACCACCGUGGUCAGCGGCUACGUCAACUUCACCUCCUCCCUGGAUGGCAUCGGCACGGUGGCGGGCCAGGCCAUCGACAUCAGCCUGCCCCUGAACGACGCCUAUGACGCCGGCAUGUCCACGAUGUGCCUGCGCCUGGACUCCUCCGGCUACUGGCGCUCCGACGCCAUCACCCUCACCUCUGUCGGUAGCGGCGUGGCCCACUGCGCGCUGUCCAACCUGAACAACCAGCAGGUGGUGGCAGUGCAGUACGAGGCGGUGGAGGGUGCAGUGCCUGAGACCCCGGCGCCCGGCAGCCCCAGCCCCAGCCCCGCCAGCCCCAACCCCAGCCCCAGCCCCAGCCCCAGCCCCAGCCCGGCAGAUGACACAACCGAGGAGGUGACCGUCACCGUGCCGCAGGUCACCUUCACCGCCCGCCUCACUGCCUUCACCCCCGAGACCUUCACCCUGACGGUUCAGCAGCAGUACAUUGCAGCGCUGCAGGCCGCCAGCCCCACCGUAGACACCCUCAUCAUGCUCACCAACAUCAGGGCCGGUUCCGUGGUCGUGGAUACCAUCAUUCAAUUCCUGGUGUCCAACGGCAACGCGGCAGCCGCCGACGCCCUGGCCGCCACCUUGUCCUCCAACCCCUCCAGCCUGCUGCCGGCCAACGUGUGGGGCAAUGUGACCGUCACUAGCCUUGCGCAGGGCACCGUCAGCAUCACCAUCAGCGAGGAUCUGCUCAGCGCCCCCGACAACGAGACCUCCUCGAACACCACCGCCCUCAUCGCUGGGCUCGUGGGCGGAAUCGGCGGCGCCAUCCUGCUGGCGGGCGUGGCCAUCUGCAUCUGGAAGCUGCGCAAGCCCAAGACUGCCAACAGGGUCUCCGUCGAGGCCGAGAUGAUGGACAGCCAGCCCCAGAGCCCCAUGUCGCCCAUCACCCCCUCGCCCUUCCUCCAGGGCGCCCAUACCGCUCCCUUUGCGCCCUCGGCACCGCUGGCUUGA